ACGGUGACACAAAUACGAAAUGUAAAAGAAUUCUCAAACCUUAACUAAAUAAAUCAAGUAAAAGUCGACCAAGUACGCUUCAAUGCAAUAAAUACACAAAAGCAAAAUCGAAACACUUAAUACAACAUCACUUUAACUGGAGUAGAUACAAUUAAAGUGUAAACAGUAGUUUUGAUGCGUAGUUUACGAUCAAAACAGUUGAUUAACUCAACGAGAAACAAUACCACUGUCCUUUUUAGAUAGCGCGCUUGAAUUACCGGAAUUCUCUACCGGAAUACGUAGUAUCAGUAUCUCCUGUUGAUGUAUUUGAAACGAGAUUGAACUUCCACAGUGCAACAAAGUGCAAGGAUUAAUACAGGUCUAUAGACCUCCUAUCCUUAUUACUAAAGAAUGGAUCUAACGCGGUCUGUUUCACUGGAAAGUUACACUACCAUAUGGCCAAAAGACGGGCCGAUAUUGAGUUGAAUCAAGAUAACUGGGAUGAUGAUUUAAGAGCUACUACUAAAGGAAACUUCGAUAAAGCAGACAAGGACAUUAUUUCACAAAGAAAAAUUUUGACAGCACGUACUAACAGAACAUCUAAUGGAACGUCUGGACUAUUUAAAUCAUUUACCGCUUUUUCUGACUGCUCAAGUGGAAAACCAGUAUCAUUCGAUUUCGGACUCAAACAUUCAAGUGUUAAAGAGAAUGGACAUAAGGAUGAAGAGACUGAGUAUCUUGAACACCUACAAACUCUCAAUCAGAGCUUACUCGAUUGGAUUACAAAACACAUUAAAGAAGACCCAUUUUGUAUUCUCAGCCCGAUAUUCUCCGAUUACGACAAACAUUUAUCGGGAAUCAACUCUAAAUUUCCCAAACAAUCAUUAGUAGGUGCGAUUCCACUACCGGAGAAAAAAGAAGCCAGCAGUCACUUAAUUGCCAAAACAUCCAAAGUUAUUGAGACUCCGGUCAAAAGUGCACCAAAUCCCGUUUUCUUUUUUGGCAACUCCAUACCAAAACCCACACCUAUAUCCUCCGGCUCUUCGACUGAUUCUACAGAUAAGAAACCUAUAUUUUCGUUUGGGUUGCCGCCUAUCACAACAACUAGUACUAAUUUCACUCAGUCGCUUUUUCAGUUUCCCAGCGUCUCUAGUUUCUCACAAAAACCUGUGAAUCUCGAUCCUAAACAGAACACUGGUAAUCAACAAGGGGAUGAUGACGACGAGGAAUAUAUUCCUCCCAAACCAGAGGUUAAAGAUUUCAAAGAAGAUGGAUCGGUUUUCACUACAAGGUGUAAAUUAUUUUACAAAGCGGAUAAUGAGUGGAAAGAGCGUGGACUUGGAAAUUUAUUCAUCAAACCAACGACAAACGAUAAAUUUCAAUUACUCAUCCGAGCUGAUACUAAUCUCGGCAAUAUAUUGCUAAAUAUACUGGUUACAAAAGAUGUGCCUAUUAAACAACAGAAAAAUAACUUGACUUUAGUUUGUAUCCCUUCACCACCUUUACCAUCCCAGGCUAAAUCAUCCCUUACCAACGAAGAAGAUAAUGGGCAACCAAAACCAGUUCCAAUGUUGAUACGUGUGAAAACUGAAGAGGGAGCUACAGAGUUACUAAGUCAAAUGGAUUUGCACAGGGGUGUCUCAGCAAAGUCAUAAUAUUGAGAUGAGUUUUUCCCAUUGUUUCUGUCUACCUCUUAUUGACUGAAAAUUAUGUUUCGUGUUCUGAAGAUUACAAUCAAUUUUUUUCGAAAAAGAUCGUUUUGGAAGUAACUUUUGUUUUUAUGUGAACUACAUUGUAAAAAAAAUUGUUGUGGACUUUUUUGAUGAAAUAAGGGUUUUGACUGUUA